AUGACGAUCGAGCUCUCCCAGAAGCGGGACCAGCAGGUGGGGUCUUCAGAAUCGAGCGUUCGCGCGGAUGGGUGGCGCGGGUGGCGGGAGCGGCUGAGGCGUGGGCUCCAGCAAGUGCCGGAGUGCUGCGACCGAACCUGGCAGCAGCUGAAGCGGGGCCUGCUGGGCGUCAUCGCCUCGGAGUUCCGACAGCACCGGCGUGUACUUCCACUUGCGCUGGCCCAGAUGAUGCUGGUGGCAGACCAGCCACUACUGCCCACGAACAUGUCAGCCGUGGCCUCGGAGUUCGAGUUUGGGGAAGCGGAGAAGGACGAGAAGCUCGGGGGGAUGGUGAGCUUCGUGUUUUUCAUCGUGGGCGCAAUUUUCUCGCUGCUGGUUGGGCGCCUUGCGGACCGCAUGAGGCGGACGACGCUGGUCUGCUCCAUGAUGCUGCUGGGCUCCAGCGGCACCUUUGCGAACUCACAGGUCCGCAGCUUCUCGGCCUUGCUCUUCUGCCGCGGCGCCGUGGGCGCCGCCACGGGCGGCCUCAUUCCUGCCAGCUUCGCCCUGAUCGGGGACAUGUAUUCCCCCGAGGAGCGGCCGCAUGCCAUCGCCAUCGUCUCCAUUGUCUCAGGCCUGGGGCUCUCACUGGGACAGGGGCUCGCCGGCUUCAUGGGCACGGCCUUCGGCUGGCGGGCGCCCUUCGCGCUCGUCGGCGCCCUCGGCUGGGCCGUCACGGCCCUCCUGACCUUCGCCCUGGAACUCCGUGCAGAGCCCGCGGAGCCUGCGCAGCCUGCGGAGCCGGCGUCCGCGCAGCCCUCUAGGCAGCCCGCGUCCACGCCGCUGAACGAGCCUUCGAGCCCGCGGCCCUCGUCGCGCGUGUCGUUGAUGAAGCCCACGGUGCUCUGCAUAUGCCUUCAGGGCAUCACCGGCUGUGUUCCCUGGGCGGUCAUCGGCACCUUCAUGACGGACUACCUCGCCACCAACGUCCACAUGGGCGUUCCUAGUGCCACAGCUGUGCUGUUCAGUUUCGGAAUUGGCUGCACUACUGGCACGGUCACAGGUGGAAAGCUGGGCCAAUAUCUCUACAAGAAGGACAAAAGGCUGCAAGGCUGGCUCAUGGCUGCGACGGUCUGGGGUGGGAUGCUGCCCAUGUUCUGCCUCUUUGCCUUGGGUGAAGCCCACCCUUUCAUCUUCCACCUCCUGGCGCUCUCCGGGGGGUUCCUGGCCUCCGUCCCGCCAGUGAAUGCCAAGGCUGUGCUGCUGAAUGUUGUGGCCACCCACUCGCGGGGCACAGUCUUCGGGGUCUACACCAUCAUGGACGACCUCGGCAAGGGCUUGGGGCCUGCUCUGGUUGCCAGCUUUGUCCGGGGCAUGGGGCGUCAGGACUCCUUCUUGCUGGGCAUGGCGUUCUGGCUGCCCUGCGGCCUCUUUUGUGCUCUCACUGCUUUCACCGUGCCGUAUGACGACCUGUCGGACAAGCCGGAGGAAGUCUCUGCAACUGUCAAUGAGCCAGGCCGAUGCGCCUGA